CCGCAGUUUAGUUGCACUUCUUUCCCUCCUAGAAGGUCGCCAGGUUCGGGGUGACCCUUCUGGCAGCCGCCUGUUGCUUCGCCGUUCAAGGCAGGCAGCCAGUGCCAGAGAGAGAGAGAGAGAGAAAGAGAGAGAAAACCCCGCGCGAGUUCCCAUUGGAGAAAGAGGGCGAAGAGCGCCAAGGCAGCCGUAAUUCCCCGCUGGCUCCCUUCAAGACCACUUUCUGGAGCCCGCUUUUCGAAUCCGCUACAACAACAACAAAGUAUCCUUGCGCUUUUGAGUGGCGUGUGCCUACAGAGCGAUCUUGGGAGCCUCCACUUUCAAGGCAGUUAACUUUCUUGAUAGGCUUUUAGGACUCGCUGCCAGAGACAUCAGCGCAAAACCGAAGGGAGAAAGAAGAGCCGCGUUUCCUUGGGAGCUUUUGAGCGCCUUAUUCUCAACGCAGGGCUCUCGAGGGAAAGAGAUGGGAGAGGAGCUCUGAGAGAAGAAAUUUUGGGGGGGAAACAAGAGAUGUGGAUUGGGGACAAGGCUUGGACCCGCUCUGCCCGCCUUUGGUAGCCUCAGAAGUGCGUUUAUUGACUCUCCCGACCAUGAAAGACGUGAAGACCAAAAGCGACGCCAGGGAUUUCAUCGCUGCUGCUGCUGCUUCUUCUUCGCACCUGCUACCAACCCAAGAGCCGUUCCCUCGAAGGGAGGCUUUCGAAGCCAUAGACUUAUCCCUGGAUGGGAUCUUGUAUCCCAGAAGUUGUGAGGAUGGAGAGGAAGAAGAGGAGGAGGAGGAGGAGGAAGAAGACGAGGAGGAGGAGGAGGAGGAGGGCAAUGCCGAGGGAGGCUGCCCUUCCCUGGACCGGGUCCUGGAGACCCUCCUGACCCCUGCGCCCCCCUCCUCCUUCCCUCAAGCCAAUCCAGCCCCGACGUGGCCCUUUUUCGGCGCCGAAAGGGCGCAGUUUGAGGGCAAACCCGACGGAGACGAGCCCCAGUCCGCCAACGAAGCCUUGCCCUCGAAGGAGGCGGACGGAGAAGAGGAGGAGGAGGAGGAAGGGGAAGGCAAGGAAGGGAAGGAAGGAGGAAAGCCCGCCUCGGGGCCCGGCACUCGGCUCCCGCUCGCCGCCGACGGAGGCCACGACUUCCUCAGCCUUUUGCCCCUCAACUCGGCCUACUUGGCGGCCAGGACUCGGCAGCUGCUGGACGGGGAGGGAUUCCCCAACGGGGGCGGGAGGGGAGCCUUCGCCGCCGCCUCUGCCUCUGCCUCCGCCUCGCCGCCCUCGCUGGACUUGGCGCCUUAUAUGUAUCCGCAGCACAACAGCCACCCCGGGGACGCGCAGGCCGGGCUCAAGAUCAAGGAGGAGACCCUGGGCAAAAACGGCGCCUACCUGAACGCCAAGCCGUCGGGGAACCCCGGGCCGCCGCUCCCGCCUCCUGCGCUGCUCAAGAACAGCGUGGGCAACGGGGCCGCCCCCCACGAAGCCCCCUCCUCGGCGCUGGAGAGCGUCCUCUACAAGGCGGAGAUGGCCGCCUCGUACGGAGCCGCGCCCUGCAGGACCCCCGCCCCCGCCUGCCUCCCCACGCGGGACUCCGGCCUCGGCCUCAGCCUCCCCUCCGCCUCCGCCUCCGCCGCCCCCCUCGCCUCGCCCCAGGCCUUCUACCAGCCCCUCGCCUUCCCCGCUAGCCAGCACCUGGCCGGCUUCAAAGACGCCCUGCCGCCCUUCUACUCGCCCUAUUUCGGAUGCAUCAGAUCAGAUAUGGAACCUGGCCAGAGCCCCCAGUAUGGUUUUGAAUCUUUGCCUCAGAAGAUCUGUCUUAUCUGUGGCGAUGAAGCUUCAGGAUGUCACUAUGGAGUUCUCACCUGUGGAAGCUGCAAAGUCUUCUUCAAGAGAGCAAUGGAAGGUCAACAUAACUAUUUAUGUGCUGGGCGGAAUGACUGCAUAGUGGACAAAAUUCGUCGGAAGAACUGUCCUGCAUGUCGCUUGAGGAAAUGCUGUCAAGCUGGCAUGAUACUUGGAGGUCGAAAAUUCAAGAAGUUCAGCAAGGUCAAAGUUCUGAGAGCAUUAGAUGUCGUUGCACUCCAGCAGUCAUCCAUCCUCCCUAACGAAAGCCAAGUGCUGGCACAGAGGCUGUCUUUCUCUCCAAAUCAAGAGAUCCAGUUUAUUCCUCCACUUAUCAGUGUCUUACAAGGCAUCGAACCAGAGGUUGUUUAUGCGGGCUAUGACAACACACAACCAGAAACUCCAAGUGCUUUGAUGACCUGCCUUAAUCAGCUAUGUGAGAGGCAACUCCUCUGUGUAGUCAAGUGGUCCAAGUCUUUGCCAGGAUUUCGAAAUUUACACAUUGAUGACCAGAUAACUCUUAUCCAGUAUUCAUGGAUGAGCCUAAUGGUAUUUGCUAUGGGAUGGAGGUCUUAUAAGCAUGUUAGUGGUCAGAUGCUGUAUUUUGCACCAGAUUUAAUAUUGAAUGAACAGAGGAUGAAAGAAUCAUCGUUCUAUUCCCUGUGCCUGUCUAUGUGGCAAAUCCCACAGGAGUUUGUCAAGCUACAAGUCAGCAGUGAAGAAUUCCUCUGCAUGAAAGCCUUGUUGCUCCUCAGUACAGUUCCAUUGGAAGGUCUCAGGAGCCAAAACCAGUUUGAUGAGAUGAGGUCAAGUUAUAUCAGAGAGUUGGUCAAAGCAAUCAGCUUGCGGCAGAAAGGGGUCGUGGCCAGUUCACAACGUUUCUAUCAGCUUACCAAAUUUAUGGACUCCUUGCAUGACCUUGUGAAACAGCUCCAUCUAUACUGUCUGAACACAUUUCUCCAGUCCCGGACGCUGAGUGUUGAAUUUCCAGAGAUGAUGUCGGAAGUGAUUGCCGCACAACUCCCUAAGAUCCUAGCAGGAAUGGUGAAACCUCUUCUCUUUCACAAAAAGUGAAAGGCCUUUUCCCCAACUCUCUGCUUUUGUAGAGAUCAUGCCCUAAAAGUGGAUUUUUACCAAAUAAAUGAAUAAAAAUCUUGGGUAUUUUUGAAGGGUUGGAAUUUAGAAAUGCCAAAAUAUUUACAGUCUCUGUUCCACUCACAUGUGUACUGGUGUACGGAUUGGAUCCAACCCCAUUAAAAUCAAUAAGACCUCAGUUGGUCUUUGGUAAAUUAGGACUUACUUCAUUUUGAUGUGUCUCAUUCUAAAUGUGAUUAAGUUUGUAUUAUAACUUUUUUGUCUGCAAACUUUCAAAUGCUGCACCAUGUCCUCCAUGAUUCCUUUAUGACAGGUUUUUCCCCCCAAGCAUGACCAAUACUUGUCAUAAGAAAUGUUUUUAUAAUAAUGUGCCUGAUUGGAUUUAUGCUGCAGAAUGCAUUAGAGAUCACUCUGUUUUUGUUUUUUAAGAAGAGGGGACUGCCUUGUACAUUUUCAUAUUAUUCAUUUUUAAAUUCCAGCAGUGGAGUAAAGCUAUAGCUUUUCAUAUGUGUCUCUGUGCGUGUGUAUGCGUGUGUGUUUGGCUACAGGUGUAUACGUAUAUAAAUAUCAAUGACUAUAGUGAAAUUAAAAUACAAAUUGUCUUCUAAACUCAGAAUA